GCGUUGUCACCGGCGGCUUUAAGGAGAAGCACGAUUUAAGGAUGCAUAGAUUGUUCAAUAAAUAUACUUUUAAUUUUUUUUUUUUUUUGAAAAAAUCCAACAAAAUCAAUGCAUCCAUUUUAUUUUAGUUGAUAUUGAUGAAUAUUAUCCACAUAAUUUAUUUUAACUUUUUUAAAUUAAAAAAAAAAAAAGUUAUGUUGGGGUUCAUCUAUAAGAAAAAUACAGUAUAAAGUACAGAGUAAAAAAAUUAAAAAAAAAUAGAGUAUAAAAAUACGAGUAACAAAUCAACGAUCAAAGAAGAAGUCAAGCGCAUAUACAUUGAUAUAUAAUAAAGUCAAGCUCAAAAAUUUUUGUUGUCACCGGCGGCAUAACCUCCGGUUGCCCCCUCCAAAAACCAAAACCCUUCAUUCUAAAAUGAUGAGAUCAAUCGAAAAAAACAGGAAAAGGAAGAAACAGAGGUUGAAGAAAACAAACAAUAAACCCCAAAAUAACCCCUUUCAAUCACCCCUAAAUUCUGUUGAACUUCCUGAAGAACUCAUCUUUUCUGAAAUCCUUCCAAGAUUACCGGUAAAUUCCUUAACCCGCUUCAAAUCUGUUUCAAAAACAUGGAAUUUCAUUAUCUCCUCCCCAAAUUUCAUCAAUUCCCAUCUCAAAUGCACUAUUUCAAACCCUUUUGUGCCCUCAAAUUGUGUGUUUAUUAAAUCUGCUUAUGAUUUUUACAUUCUUAAUUAUUCUGCAUAUGAUAGAUACCCAGAUGAUAAUUAUGAUGAAAAGGGUUUGAUUAAGGUUAAAAGUCUUCAUUUUGAUGAUAAUGGUGUGAAUACUUUCUUAAUUGGUUCAUGUAAUGGAUUAGUAUGUUUUGGGCGUGGAACUGCUUUUAGUAAAUUUGGUUAUAACUUUCGUGUUUAUAAUCCAGUAAUGGGUCAGUUUCUUCAUGUGUCAGAUCCUUUAGGGAAUUUUCAAGGGAAAUUGAUUUUUGGGUUUGGGUUUGUUUCUUGUAAAAAUGAUUAUUUGAUGUUGGUUGGUGGUCUUCAGAGGAAGAGUUAUAAGAAUUUUGUGUAUAUUUAUUCAUUAAGGUCUAAUGAAUGGAAGAAAAUCGGAGCGUUUGAUGAAGAUGAGUUUUCGAUAUAUUUGGGUGGUAGAGGAGUAUUGGUUAAUGAGACAUUGCAUUGGCUUACUACCCAAUUUCGAAGAACGAAUGCUAAGUGUAUAAGUGGCUUUGAUUUGGUUGAUGCGAGCUUCAAGGAUGUGAGGAUGCCUAGGGUGUUUUGGCGUAAUGAUCAUUUUUUGGACUUCAAAUUGAGUGAGAUGAAUGGAUCAUUGUGUGUUUGGGGUGAAGAUAUCUAUGGUGGGGUGGAAAUGUGGAUGUUGAUGCAAUAUGGGGUGUGGGAUUCUUGGACGAAACUUUUCAAGAUUGACAUGAUUUCGGGUUUGGAUAACUUCUAUGGAUGCUUAGAGAGCGGGAAAGUUUUGGUCAAAACAAAUGAUGGAUGUCUCUUGCUAGUUGAUCCGGAUCAAGGUCAGCCACGUUUUAUAUCAUUAGUGAAAGAUUUGGGUGAUAUUGAGGUAGUGAAUUACAUUCGGAGUCCUGUUUCUCCUUUCUCUUGAAUGUUCCUUCCAAUGUUGUGGAACGGUACAAUUAUCAUUUAUCAUUGUAUUCUUUUUGUAUAUAUUGCAUGAAAUUAUUGCAUGGAAACUACCUUAUGAAUUGUGUUGUUAGUAGUAAACAAAUAUGUAUUUAUGUUCUGCAAUAAUUACCCUCAACUCCCUAAAAAAAAUGGAAAAAGAAAGCAGAUGAAGAAAUGCAAAAUGGACAUCUUUUUGGAAUGUUACAUUUAUCAUUUCUCAUGCUGUUUUUCAGUUGCAGAUGUAUCUCAUUUUCUGACUUCUGAUAUUUUAUGAAUUUGAGUUCCAUGUUU